UCUGAGUAGCAGUUAUUUUAUAUAUGACUUAUUAAUUAAUUUCUUGUAUGUUAUUAUUGUCAAAAACUAUAAAGGAGGUGCCUCAUAUCUAAAAAAGGGAAUUGCCCUCUAUUCGGAAAAUAGUCCGCUACGAGAGCAAGAUGUACCACCAGGACCAAUUCGAUGGCCAGUGGUUGGAAAUCUGGGAUCUAUGAUUGGCAGAGAUACACUAAAUAUACUUGCUGAUUUACGGUCAAAAUAUGGUGAUAUCUAUGGUGUAUAUAUAGGAUCGGAACUGACAAUUUUUCUCAACGGAUACGAAGUAAUUCAUGAAGCUUUGGUCAAGCACGGAACGGUUUUCUCUAAACGUCCAAAACUUCAGCAGCGAGGUAAACAACCUCAUGCAAUUAUAUUCGGAAAUGGUGCAUCUUGGAAGGAACUUAGAAAAUUUACCUUGUAUACCUUUCAUCAUCUUUGUUUUAGAAAAACUGGACAAACUUUGGAGGGACGAAUAACUGAAGAACUGACCUAUUUUACUGAGAAAUUAAUCAGUUUUAACAACAAAGACGUAGAUAUAUCGCAUAUUGUUACUCUAACUUUCGCAAAUGUUAUAUAUAACAUUUUACAUGGACGACGCAUAGGAUACGAUAAUGCAAAAUUCAAAUGGUAUCUUGAAAAAAUUGAUGAAGCAUUUAAGGAUCACGCCAUAACACAAGUAUUGAACGCUUGCUUCCCGUUUCUGCGCUAUUUACCAGGUGACCUUCUCCGCGAAGAAUUCAAGGACAAGGCUAUAGAAAAAUUCGCCAAAUAUUAUGACGAAAUAUGCCACGUGAACUAUGCAAAAUAUAAACCAGAUGAUAAUGAUUGUUUUAUUGACUUUUGGAUCGCAGCCAAGGAAAAUAAUGAUAUUUUCCAAAAAGAAAAUCUAUGGGUUGUUUUGAAUGAUUUAAUGGCUGCUGGGAGUGAAACAACAGCAACAACAUUGAAAUGGGUCAUACUAGCUUUAGUUAAAUAUCCUAAUAUCCAGUCAAAGCUACAAAGAAAAGUAGAUGAAGUUAUUAGCAAGGACAAGACGCCUUCCGUGUCAGACAAAGUGAAUCUACCAUACGUCGAGGCGACAAUCUUAGAAGCUCUCCGAUUUGGAAGCGUUGUACCCCUUUCGGUACCACACGCAGUCUUACAUGAUACCAUGUUCAAAGGAUAUAAAAUACCGGGACAUGCUACAAUUUUACCAAACAUUUCCUCCGUACACUUUGAUCCCGAUAUAUUUCCAGAACCCAAUGUAUUCAAACCUGAACGAUUCCUUAAUGAGACAGAGACGUCCAUUACUGGGAAUGAGAAACUAAUCCCGUUUUCACUAGGGCCUAGGUCAUGCCUUGGUGAAACUCUUGCACACAUGGAAUUGUUUCUUUAUGUAACUACACUUGUGCAGAAACUAGAGUUUCGAGCUCCAGAUGAUGGUGAAUUACCGUCGUUAAAGGGAGUGUUUGGGUUGACUCGCCGCCCACUAGAUUUCAGAGUAAAUAUUCGUAUGAGAUCGAAAAUGUAAAGAGCCAAAUAAUAAAAAAGGUUAGAAAAUACUUAGCUUAUUACGAUACUUUAACAGAACCUUUAGCUUUAUCUUUAGCUGAAUAUAUAAACAGAUCAACAUUAAAACGUGAACUCACUGUAUUUUUGAUUAACAGAAUAUUACCUGUAAUAUUUACCUAAAAGCUUAACCAAAUUUACAGUAAUUUGCAGGCAAUACCUAUGACACAUGCUUUUGCUAAAUACUUUGCUUGUUUUGAUACCCAAGAAUGAGAUUGAUGACCAGAUUUGACAUUAGAUGCUUAUUCUGAUUAAUUUGUGUUUCUUUUAAUUUACAUAAACGUUUUAUAUCAACCGCUUUUUAACACUUUGCCUAUUAGAUUACUUAUAUGUUUUAACUAACAGUGCAUUCAAAGCCGCACUUGCGUAUCCAUUUGAUAAGGACAUAAGUACCGGCGAGUGCGUGUUCUCAAUGAUACUUGAAACAUAAUAUGUCUGUCUACGUGAGCGUCGCUGUAGAGGCUUUGCGACAAUUAUUGAUCCAAAGCAGCCUGCGCUUCCGUCCGUGCAGUCUGAUCUGGAUCCAUAUUAGUCGUAUAUCAGUUGGAUACAAGUGCUGAAAAUGACAAACGAACAGUAUGUAUGUGCACGGAUCUUGAUCCUUGUUGGUUGCAAACCCCUAACGUUGGUCAAGAUACAAUAGAAAUUGAAGAUUUUGCCCUGUUUGUUCUGCCAGUUUAUGCAAUGCUAGUGCAUGAAUGAGAAUCACAGUUUAUUGAUGUUUAUUAUGUUCCCGAUCUGUGUAAAUGUAGUACUGAAGCACGACUAAUUACAUGCUGGAAAUUCUGAUGAGAGGAAGUUGAUGAAACACAGGAACAUUUUUUUAUCAGAUUUGCUGAAGAAUAAAUGGUUAACCAGUAUAUAUAUGUGUGUGUGUUUUGUUAGGUUAUUUUAAAAAUCAUUUGCAAAAAUAAAAAAGUAAACAGGCUCCUGUUGCAAUCUUAUUUAGCUCUCACCUCUGUGUCUGAAGAGUGCUUGAUAAAACGUGUUCACCUUUGGUUUGAAGCGAUUUCUUUGCGAUGAUAUUUAAUUGAAAAAUGCGUUAACGAUAUGACGCACACUAUACAAAUCUUCUAACGCAAUACUUGGGUUUUUGACAAAUGUUUAGGCGUUGUCUAAUGCGACAUCUUUUAGACAAUUAAUUUUUAAAUGUCGAAGAAAAAUUCCAAUAAAAUUAUUUUAAGUCAUCAUAUAAUUUUACUGAAUCAACGACCAUUUCCUUGUAAAAUCACAAAAAUACAUUAUGUUCAUUUUUUAUCACAAGUUCAUUUCAUUUUAACACAAACAUCACACCAUAAAACAAACAAUAACGCUAUUGUUCUAUCAAAACUUCAAAGAAAAGCAAGCAUUUACGCCUUUCCAUAUACGUGAAAAGGAUUGCUAUAUCUUGUAUAUACAUUUUCAGUCACCAUUGCGAAUAUCUUUAUAUACUCUGAUUUAGAAUGUGUCUCCGUUAUUACAAGAUAGCUUAAGAAGUGAAAUAAUGUUAUACCAGAUAUUUGUCAAAUGUUCACACAUGUUCAUUUCAUUCCUCCUUUCAAAAGUACCUUUAGAUGAGUUACACAUUCAAAGUAUUUUGACCUUUGCAUGGUCAUUUUGUACGACUUUAUACCAAAAUGAUUAAAAAAGAGAUCACUUUUAAAAAUGCAGCAGACGUAUAGGAUGACUUCAGUUUACCAUAACAAUGCAAUUUGUGUAUGCGUAUUCAGGUAUUAUAACGAAUAAAAUUAUGAAAUUUCAUGA